AUGGUAUCCAUCAAGAUUCUGGCCUUAUGGCAGAUUCUUUUCUCCUUUCUUUCUGUCUUUCUAACCCAAUCUUCACUCCAGCUUGCUUGGUUUUCCAAAACAGUGAUUUUGGCCUCUGCUGCCAGCACAGGAACAGUUGGUGAUCAAGCUGCAGCUGAUAACAGUGAGGCAAAUGCACUGUUGAAGUGGAAACACAGCUUUGAUAAUUACAGCCAAGAUCUCUUGUCAACUUGGACCGGUUCUGCUUCAUGCCAAUGGCAAGGAAUUCAGUGUGAUAAAUCCAUGUUUGUCUCCAGCAUAAAUCUUGCAAAUUAUGGACUUAUAGGUACACUUUCCACCCUCAACUUCUCCACUUUUCCCAACCUCCUCAUCCUAAACAUCUUUAACAACUCCUUUUAUGGAACCAUUCCCCCACAAAUUGGUAACAUGUCCAAAGUAAAUGUUUUGAAUCUUUCAACAAAUUAUUUCAACGGUUCAAUCCCUCAAGAAAUGUGGAGACUAAGAAGUUUACAAGGCCUUGAUCUUUACCAAUGUCAACUAAAUGGAGAGAUUCCUAAUUCCAUAGCAAACUUGUCCAACCUGUCAUAUCUAGAUUUAGGUGUGAACAAUUUUUCUGGCCACAUUCCACAAGAGAUUGAAAAGUUGUCCAAGUUAGAGUAUCUAGCUAUUAAACAUAAUGCUCUUUCUGGUUCCAUUCCUCCAGAAAUUUCAAUGUUGCAAAACCUCAGGAAAAUUGAUUUGUCAAGAAACUCGCUCUCUGGUGCUAUCCCUGAAACAAUAGGCAACCUUAGUAAUUUAAAUGAACUUCUCCUCUCUAAUAACUCUCUUCUAUCUGGGCCAAUCCCCUCCUCCUUGUGGACCAUGUCAAACUUGACCUUGCUUUUUCUGGAUAAGAAUAAUCUUUCUGGAUCAAUCCCUGCUUCCAUAGAAAACUUGGCCAAUUUAGUGACUCUUGGACUUGAUUACAACCACCUUUCCGGACCUAUUCCUUCCACAAUUGGAAACUUGACCAAGCUCACAGAGUUGUAUUUACGCUUUAACAAUCUUUCUGGAUCAAUUCCUCCCUCUAUUGGAAACUUGAUCAAUUUGAAAAUACUUAGUCUCCAAAGAAACAAUCUCUCCGGAAAAAUUCCUGCCACCAUUGGAAAUUUGAUAAACCUCACCAUUUUAGAAGUGUCCUUCAACAAGCUUAAUGGCAGCGUUUACCAAGUCCUGAAUAACAUCCGCAACUGGACUUUCUUGUUACUAGCUGAGAAUGAUUUCACAGGCCACCUACCACCUCAAAUUUGCUCUGCUGGGUCCCUAAGAUUCUUUAGUGCUCAUAGCAACCGUUUCAGCGGUCCAGUGGCAAUAAGCUUGAAGAACUGUCCUAGUAUUACUAGACUCAGGCUAGAAAGAAACCAAUUGGAAGGUGAUAUAGCACAAGGUUUUGGUGUAUAUCCAAAUUUGGAAUACAUUGAUUUGAGCGACAAUAAGUUGUAUGGCCAAAUUUCACCGAACUGGGGAAAGUGUCCGAAUCUUCUUACCUUGAGGAUGUCCAACAAUAACAUUUCUGGUGGUAUACCAGUAGAACUUGUUGAGGCAACCAACCUAGGAGAGCUUCAUCUUUCUUCUAACCACUUGAAUGGAAAGAUUCCAAAGGAAUUAGGGAAUAUAAAAUCGUUAAUUGAACUCAAGAUUAGCAACAACCAUCUUUCUGGAAACAUUCCUAAAGAAAUCGGAUCACUGCAAAUUCUUGAAGAAUUGGAUCUUGGAGAUAACCAGUUGAGUGGCACAAUACCAAUAGAAGUUGUGGAAUUGCCAAAGUUACGAAACUUGACAUUGAGCAAUAAUAAAAUAAACGGAAACAUUCCGUUGGAGUUUCGCCAAUUUCAGCCUCUUGAAUAUCUUGAUCUUAGUGGGAAUUUGUUGAGUGGAACCAUACCAAAACAGCUUGGAGAGGUGGGGAAACUGCAAUGGUUGAAUCUGUCUCACAAUAAUCUUUCUGGAAGCAUUCCAUCCAGUUUCGAUGGCAUUUCAAGUUUGACUUCGAUCAACAUAUCCUACAACCAGUUAGAAGGGCCACUUCCAGAAAAUCGAGCCUUUCUUAAUGCUUCAAUUGAAUCAUUAAAAAAUAACAGCGGCUUAUGUGGCAACGUCACUGGCUUAAUGCUUUGCCCAACCAACCACACUCAGAAGAGGCAAAAGGGCAUUCAACUAGCACUAUUCAUUAUCUUGGGUGCUCUUGUGCUAGUAUUAUGCGGGGUGUCAGUUUCAAUGUAUAUUCUCUGUCGAAAAGCAAGAAAGAAAGAUAACCAUGCUAAAGAAAAAGGACAGUCAGAAAAUGCACUGUUUGAAGAAUUGUUUUCCAUAUGGAGUCAUGGUGGAAAACUUAUGUUUGAAAAUAUCAUUGAAGCUACAGACAAUUUCAACGACAAAUAUCUCAUUGGACUUGGAGGGCAAGGAUCUGUUUACAAAGCUGAGAUGCCUACAGGCCAGGUUUUUGCGGUGAAGAAACUUCAUUUGGAUACAGAUGGAGAGAAACCCAAUUUUAAAGCUUUUGAAAAUGAAAUUCAAGCUUUGACCGAAAUCAGGCACCGUAACAUUGUAAAGCUCUGUGGAUUUUGUUCACAUUCACGGUUCUCAUUUUUGGUUUACAAUUUCUUGGAAGGGGGUAGCUUGGAUCAAAUUCUAAGCAAUGAGAAAAAAGCAGCUGCAUUUGACUGGGAAAUGAGGAUGAAUGUUGUUAAAGGUGUGGCCAAUGCUUUAUCCUACAUGCAUCAUGAUUGCUCACCUCCAAUAAUUCAUCGUGACAUAUCCAGCAAGAAUAUUCUUUUAGAUUCACAAUAUGAAGCUCAUGUCUCUGAUUUUGGGACAGCUAGGAUUCUGAAGCCUGGUUCACCCACUUGGACCACGUUUGCAGGCACCUUUGGGUACGCAGCUCCAGGUAGGAUCCCUUUUCCUGAUAUUUAG